AUGUAUUCAUGCGGACACAGCAACAAAUUAUUCGAAGCUAACGAGCAACGAGCAAAGGACGUGAUGAGCCAAACUCAGCAAGAAGCAGUGCGGGAGGCCUACGAGCGCAAGUUUCAGCCGCACUCUUACGUAGAGCUGAGUAGAGGCGCCAUUCUCUUUACUUUCCAGCAGACAGAACUGCACCGCAUAUUUUCUUCAGACCUAAAGCAGGGGAAGACACUUUUGGAUGUUGGUUCUGGUCCCACUGUCAACUUUGUGCUCUCAGCCUCGAGCCGAUACAAGGACAUCGUGCUUAGCGAUCUGGUGGAAGCCAACAGGAUCGAGCUCGAGAAAUGGCUGAGUGGAAGAGAAAGCGCGGUCAACUGUGAGUUCUACGCCAAGAUAAUCGCUGCCUUGGAAGGAUGUAGCGACGUCAAGAGGCGAGUUUGCGAACUCGCAGAACGCACUCGGACCGUCGUCCGCAAGGUGAUACCCUGCGACGUCAUGAAGCCAGGAGUGCUUCCGGAGGAGCACCGCGAGUCCUUCGACGCCGUGCUGUGCUGCAAUUGCCUGGAGGCGGCGGCGCAAGACCACGCGUCCUAUCGUCGGCUGGUGUGCAACGUGGCGGGUCUAGUGAAGCCUGGCGGUCUGCUUAUCCUGGCCGGAGUGGGAGGCUUGGCGAUGUACCCCGUGGCAGACGAGGAGUUCCCUAUGGCAGAUGUGACCGAACAGGUCCUCAAGGAGGCACUUACGGAUGCCGCCUUAAGAGUGGAAGUAUAUUGCACUAAAAUGUACGACGGCGACGACGAGGAGGCGCGCCUAGAGAGAUUCGGGUUUGUGAUUGCUGCUCGUAAAGCUUAA